AGAUUUCUUCUCUUGGCAUGACCUUGCAAACUAGGUGACCAAGAAUUAAUCAGUCAUCUCAAUGUCCAAAGACCUUGAGCUGCAAAUUUCCACACUUCGCAAAUCCCGAUGGGUCAACCUCUCUGGGCUCGUUGAUUGUGCCACGAAACGUCUUUCGAAACCUACCUGCCAAUCCAUCCAACUUCUCGGAAGGGGCAGCUACAAUACCGUCUACAAACUAGUCUUCGCCGAUGACACCGAGAUCGCCGCUAGCGUGUCAGCGCAUGAUGACGAGGACUUUAAUCCCCAGGCCAAGAUGUCCGAGAUAGCAACCAUGCAGUUUGUUCGUGCGUCCGGCUUGUAUCCAGGUAUCCUGGUUCCACAAGUCCACGCUUGGGACAUUACAUUUUCUAAUCCAGCUGGUGCGCCGUAUGUUUUCAUGGACGUCAUCCACGGACGAAAGCUCGACAGCCUCACCAACGAUGACAAUAAACUUUGCGGUCUGGAUGGUAUGUCAGAUGUGCAGCAACUGGCCGUCACCAAAGCUCUGGCAAAGUUACAAUCUACUUUGUCAGUACCCGUACCGUUUGGUACGAUCGGCAGCAUUACCCUUAAUGAUGAAGGAGGUUUUAUCAUAGGACCACUCUUCACUAUCACACAGAAUAACCUUGGGGGACCAUAUCAAUCCCUCACGGAUCUCUGGAAGGCCCGGCUGGAGCAUGAGAUCUUGCAUGCUCUGAGAGAAUGGUCCAGGCUUGAGACGGAGCAGCUUUCUCAAUCCCUCUCAGAGCCUAAAUGCACCCCUCGAAAAUUUUCAGAGCUAUUCCAACUUCUCUCCUCGCUUAUACCUCAUUUCGUCCCUCCAUCGUCUUACCUCCCCUUGGUUUUAUACCAUCCCGACCUCGCACUCCGCAACAUAUUUUUUGAUCCAAUUGACGACACGAAGAUCGUGGGGCUCAUAGACUGGGGAGGCGCGCAGAUUCUCCCUCUUAUGCUCACCGCCAAGUUUCCAGACGACUUGAAUUCGAUCGGAGAGGAUCCCUGUGAGAGACCAGGGAUACCCGAUGAAGGUUGGAACGCUGUCCCGCAUGACUGGACUUCGUUCGGUGACACUUCCAAGUGGCCGAAUGUCUUCCGGGGCCCAAACGAUCAAGUAGAUCUGACCAUUCGAGCAAGCGCCAUGAUCAAGCGCUAUUACCUCCGCCAGCACUUUGGUGUAUGUUUCGCGCAGGAGAACCAUGACAGAUGUGGUGACAAUAAUCUUGGUCGCGCGAUGUUAUUCGCGCAUGCACCGUAUUAUCUCAAGUUCCAUGAAAUCAUCACGGGCGGCUGGACUUCUUUGGUCGAUCAUGCCGAGUGGAUACGUGAGACAUACUGGCGAUUAAAUGCGAUAAAACAGGACGGUCGGAGCGCUGCAUUGAUUGUUGGUCCAAACGUCUACCGCAGCUCCAUGGAGAAGCCAGUGUUUGACUUGAAUAUCUUCGAGGAGCAGUUCUCCGAAGAUGUCCAAGAUGGGGAACAGGAAAAGGACAUGAAUGUAGAUACAUUCGUCAUAUCGCGUUAUUGCUUCACCACCCUUGUUCUAUUAAAUUUAGCUGCGACAUUUGCGAUGAAGUUGGGGUACCCUACCUAGACCUUGAUAGCUUUGAUCAUCUCGUCGAUGAUAGUCUUGGCGCUCUCAUUCCAAGUAGACGACUCAUAUGUCACAUACGCCUCUGUCCUCCCCUUCCGCGCAACGAUUGUGAUGUACGUUGGCGGUUUUCCACUCGUACACAUCGACUUCGUUUGGAACGUGAUGUCCGUUUUGGACUGUGACUUUCCGUCACCGUGCCAAGAGGUGUACUUCCCCAUUCCAUACGCUUUUUCAACAUUAUCCGGCUCUAUGUUUUCCAAAUACUGUUUCACUUGCUUGAGAUCUUUCUUGGAUACACUUUCCUGUAGGUGUCUGGGAAGUUAACGAGGGAGGGGGAGAUGCGUUGGUAUGGGAAUACCUACGUUGACGUGGGCGGGCAUGAUGUUGGA